AUGGGGCCAAUACUCACCGGGCUCAUCGCCCUCCCGCUCCUCUGGAUCGCCUCUCAAAUAUGGACUCUAUACACGAACUACAAAGCAGCUCUCACCGUAGGCUUGCCAAUCAUAAUAUGCCCAUAUGACCCAGAAAAUGUAAGCACGCAGAACCUGCCUCAACAACAUCUCAAUCGUCAAUCGAUGACCUCUCAACUGACACAUCUCAAGCUCCUUCACGUCGUCCUCUCUGUCCCUUUCCGGCCUCUCCUCAAGCGCUUCCUUCCGUCAACCUUCUUUGCCACGGUAGAACUCACCAUCGUGGGCUGGGAGUUUCGCGACAAGUCCGCCGUUCACGACCGCGUCGGUCCGGCCUUCAUGCUUGUUACCACGGGCCUCAACCAGCUCAUCUGCGCCGACCCGACCAUGGCGCACGCCAUCCUGAACGGGCGGCGAGAGUUUGUCCAGCCGGAUAUCGUGUGCAAGGUCAUGGGGUUCUUGGGUUCUAACAUCUUGACGUCCAACGGUGAAUCCUGGUCCCGCCAAAGACGCGUCGUAGCCCCCGUUCUCAACGAACGCAUCAGCCCAGAAGUCUACAAAGCCACAGCCAAACAAGCAGAAUCCUUCGUCAACGACAUUCUCUCAUCCUCUUCCACCAGCACCCCUAGUCUCACCACAACAACAGCAACAACAUCAACAACAAUCCAAGGCCUCCGCACAAUCGCCAUAAACGUCCUCACCAAGAUAGCCUACGGCGACAAUAAGCCUUUCGCCAUCACCCCUCUCCCCGGCGACCCCUCGGCACCAAUGUCCUACGUCGACGCAAUCUCUCUCUGCACAGAACUCCUCGACCUCGCCGCCUUCAUCCCCAUCCGAAUCCUGCGGCUCCCUUUUAUGUCCAACGUGGUUCAGACGCUAGGGGCGGCGUUACAUCGACUGCCUGGUCUGACGGUGGACAUGCUGGAUCGUGAGAGGCAGCGGUUGGCCGAGGUAUCAUCUUUGCACGGUCUUUCGGACGAGAUUUUGACCACGGCAACGGUGGGAAAGACGGACACGAUUAUGAGUAUGCUCGUCCGCCUUUCAGACCAGGAAAAGAGCCGUGCUGUUGCCUCAGACAAGGAGGCUCCCUCGAAAGCUAGCACCACCGUCAACAACAGCAAUAGCAAUCCCAAAGCAUACCUCACAGAAGAAGAAAUCGCAGGUAACCUCUUCAUCUUCACCGCCGCAGGCUUCGACACGACGGCGAAUACCCUAGCAUACGCCGUCACUCUUCUCGCAGCGUAUCCUGAGUGGCAGGCCUGGAUCCAGGCCGAGCUCGAUAUCGUCCUGGGCCCUCCCACAUCAUCAUCAUCGUCCUCGUGGGAGCAGGAGAAGCGAGAAGUACCGGACUACAGUGUCGUCUUUCCUAAACUAACGCGGUGUUUGGCUGUUAUGCCUCACAACCAACCUCCCCGCGGCACAUUCCUCCCCUGGUCCUCAGGCCCCCGCACCUGCCCAGGCCAAAAGAUGGCCCAAGUCGAAUUCGUCACCGUCCUCGCGACGCUCUUCCACCAAUGCACCGUCGAGCCAGUCCCCGAAGACGGGGAUGAAAGUACUACUACUCAAUCAACGACAACAACCGAGAUGGCAGCAGCACAGGCUAGACAGAGACUAUUGGACUUGAUGCAGGAUAGCCAGCCUAGGCUGACACUACAGAUGAACCGUUCCAAGGAUGUAUGCUUGCGGUGGACCAGGCGGUGA